CAUAUAAAAACAGAAGUCACAUGAUCAAAAUAUGGCGGAUGUCAUGACCAUUGGUAGCACAUUUGUGUUUAUGUCAAUAUUUUUUAUAUGUCUUUAUCGAUUUGUGAAAAGAAGGAACAAGGAAGUUAUUGUAUUUACAAGGUAUCCGGUGGCUGGCAAGGCAAAAACCAGGCUUAUUCCAACUCUUGGUCCUGAUGGGGCAGCUAAACUGCAAGUUUGCAUGACUGAGCAUAUCAUUAAGGUGCUACAGAGGGUGUACAUCAGCUAUAGUAAAAGCAUUAAUGUGACAUUACAAUAUAAUGGUGGAACUCUGUCACAAAUGCAUGAAUGGCUGGAUAGAAAGUUAUGGGGUCUUCCUUGCACAUAUAGGCCUCAGACUGGUAACACACUGGGAGAGAAACUGAAGUUGGCGGUCAAAGAUAGUUUUCAGAGAGGAAAUGAAAAUGUUAUAGUUAUUGGAGCUGAUAUACCUGGAAUCACAGAGGUUAUUAUACAGGAUGCCUUUAAAGCUCUAUCUGAUACAAAGACUAACAUGGUGAUAGGGAAGGCAGAGGAUGGCGGUUAUUACCUCAUUGGCUUCAAUAAGCAAGCCACAAGAUUCGUAGAUAGUGUAUUUGAAGACAUAGAAUGGGGAACCAGCAAAGUAUUCCAGCAACAAAUAAACAAAGCAGAAAACUUACAUGCAUCUAUCACAGUAUUACCUGUUGUUUUACAAGAUGUGGAUUUGGAAGAAGAUAUUUCAGUAUUUGAAAAAGAAGUUGGUAUAUCAAGGGAAGACCUGUGUGACACAGCUUGGACCAUCAUUGUUCCCACAUUAAACGAGGAGAAAAAUAUGAUAAAUUUGUUUAGUAAUAUAAUUGAGUGUUGUAGUAAUUUAAAAAAUAUCAGGGAGGUUGUGAUAAGUGAUGGUGGCAGCUGUGAUAGAAGUGUAGAAGUUGUAGAAGAGUUUAGUAAAACAUCUCCAGUAAAUGUAAGACUGAUACACAGUAUACCAGGUAGAGGGAACCAGUUAAUUAGUGGUGUGGAUGUAUCCAUGGGAACCAAUUUACUGUUUCUGCAUGCUGAUUCAAAACUACCUAAGAACUAUGACAUAUUAGCAUGUGAAUGUUUAGAUACACCAGGUGUUGUAGCCGGGGCAUUUCCCUUUAUGCUGGAUGUCUUGGAAAAUAGCAACCUAAGAAGCAUGGAGCCCUGGUGGUUUAUACUUCAAAUGAAAGCAUUAGUGUGGGGCACAAACAUACGAUCUUCUAAAUAUGAGAAACCAUAUGGUGAUCAAGCAUUAUUUAUGAAAAGAAGAACGUAUGAUAUGGUUGGUGGAUUUCCUCCAUAUUUUCUUAUGGAAGAUUAUAUACUGGUAGAAAAGUUAAGAACAAUUGGUCAUAUUGGUGUAGUGAAAGGAUCACCUGUUGUAACUUCAUACAGAAGAUGGAGAAAAUGGGGAUAUUUUAAGGUGACCGGUCUUAGCCAGCUUAUUAUUAUAGCAUACAAACUGGGUUUUCAUCCAAACACAUUGGCAAAAUGGUAUUAUGGGAACAAGAUAAAAAUGGAUUGAACUUUGUGAUAUAUAGCUUUAUGCUUCGACCUUUUUUGACUGUUUUUUACAGUGCCAAAAGUUGUUAUAUUGUGACUGUGAUUAAUGCAUAAUGUUGCAAGGUAAAGAGGAAAGAAAACAUUUGAAAUACUAGUAAAAGUGUCUUUCAAAUCGUAUUUAUUUAAGGGCGUGCUGGAUACUUCAAAGACUGACAAUAACUUCUGAAACUGAAUCAAUUUAUGAAAGGCACACUAAGCCUAAAAAAUAGACAUGCUUUUCUUUCUGUGAAAGGGCAAUUAUGUGUUGAAUAAUGGAUUUAGAUUUUAUGAGAUGCAUAAUACACCCAAGUUAAUAGAUAAAUUGUGAAAUUUGAAGCAUUAAAUGUAAAUAAAGUGGACUUCCAUACAAAAUACUUAAUCAAAAUACUUCCAAAAUGCAAAAGAACUAAAAGAUACCUCAGGUAUAUUGCCAAUGAGCAACUUUAUAGAAACUGUAACAGGAUUUCAAAAAUAUAUAUAAAAAAAUGAAAGUAUGUUGUACCAAAAAAAUUGGUUAAAAUUGGUGUAAAAACAAUUAAAACGAACAGUAUGCCUCAGAAAUGAACAAUUAUUUCCCUCUUUAUUUUUAUAAUAAUUUGUGUAAAACUCUGUCUGUAGAUCCCUUAGGAAUGAACAUUAUUUACUUUGUCAUGCUCUUGUGUGAAUAACAUGCCCAUUUUAGAGUGAACAUUACUAUAAAGUAGUAAAUAGUGUUUUAUAUGAGAAAAACUGAGUAGUGCUAAAAUAAAGGGAACAUUAUGUAGCUUGUAAUGUCACUACAUUAUAAAUGCUCACUCGGAAGUACCCCCAUCAAGUAAUAUGAGCCGUGCCGUUACA